CAUCAAUCAUCCUCCCAAUUUCAAUCAUCUCGCCUCCUUCUUACCACCCAUUCAUCGGCCUUCAUUUUUUUGUUCGAAGGGCCUUUCUCAUGUCACCGCUGUGGCAGUUUAGUGCCUCCCUCUCGUCUGCUUAGCUGCUUUUCUCAUUCGUGUCCCUCGUCAUUGCCUCCUCAUAAUCGCGGUAUAGUUACUCGGCCUCCGCUCCCGCUUCCGCUCGCUCACUGCCUCCCUCCCGGUGCUCCGAGCCAACUCCCACUGACCACGAAACAACUCACUCUCACAGAAUGUCGGGAAAUUACGACUAUCCUCCUGCCUCUCGCCGUCCUUCUCGUGGAGCUCGAACCAAUGAGCGACAACAGCAGCAGCAACAGCAGCAGCCUCCGCUGAAUCGUUUGCAGCAUCUCCGGGAGCUAUUAACCUCGGAGCGUAACCGCGGUGACCUCGCCUUCGCCCGUGCUGUGGAGACCUUGAAUCAAGAGAUAAUCGAUUACCGCUCUUCUCGCUUCUGGGACCGUUCUAGCUUUGAGCAAGCCAGAGCAACCCUCGACCAACACAUGCAACAGCUCCAGGAACGAACGAGACAAAGCCGCGCCAAUACGGACAGCUCAGGGCCACCGAUGGGUCCGCGUCCAGGAGUACCAAGACUGCAGCCUUUGGGUGUUCCAGCGGCGAACCCAGACGAGAGCGCCUCCGAUCCCUCACGUUCCGAUAGCAGAACUCCAAGGCCCCGGGCUGGGAGGGGUAGCGACCGACCUAAUCGUCUGAGGCGGCCCAGAGAUUCCAAUACUUCCUCUCUCCUAGAUACACCGGUCCCUCAUUUAGACUCUCCCACCGCCAUGCCUCAGCAGGUAGAAGAUGAACACCAGUUGGACCGUGCAAGGACCAAACGUCGAAAGCUGGAGACAGAUGAUAAUAGAGAAGGACUACAGGGCUUCCGCUAUGGUCAAUAUGGCCAGGUGGUGCCUGGGGCACUCAGGAUGGAGUUAACUAGCUGCGAUGGGGGAAGAUAUGAGCCGCAUGGCGAGAGCUCAUGGCCAGAGAACAUUCUUCGCAAUGACGCUUCCGUAUACUGUACGAAAUCUGAUCGCUGCAAUCUUGUUCUGAAGCACCAGGGGGAGUCCCCGUUCUGCCUGAAGAAGAUUGUAAUCAAAGCGCCCAAAUCAGGCUACAACUCCCCGUACGUUUCAGCUGGGCUAGAUACUCUAUCUCAGACUAUCACUGACAAUGUCAAAAGGAUCCGGGAAGGCAUGGUUUUCGUAUCAAUGUCAUGUGAUGAAGUCCUAGCCCGUACAGCUGCUUUCGAAGUGCAAUGGGAAUCAACUCGGCCCUUCGCGCGGCAUUUACCCGGCGGAAUGCAACCAUCCCAGGAGUAUCUAAAUGCAUAUCGACCUCCGCUGCAAAGUUUAGGUCGGGGCCCAGUUGUUGACCCCUCCUCGGAUUCAGAAUCAGAUAGUACUGAUGACCCCGGCGCUGUAGAACCUAGUGCUAGCAAUGUGCCAGACCCCACGUCUGAAUUUCGAGUCACAACUGAGUACAGUGCGCAGUCCGACGUACGUCAUGAUCGACUUGACUACAUGGACGAUGACGACCUGCUUUCCCUUACGGAUACCGAUAGUAUGCCUAUAGGACGGAUGGACGAGGACAACACAAUAUGCUCGGACAGUGAGAUGAGCCUAAGCGACGAUGAUUCAAAUGUCAGCACAUUCACACGACGUCAGCGAGAGCUAUCACGUCGAAUUCGAGCUAUGCGUCGCCGCUAUGUCGCAGAGCGAGAGGGCCAACCAAGGCGACGACCAUACCUAACCCUGCCAACACCAGGUCUGCGCCCUGAAGGCACACUAGGCUCAGAGUCUCCUCAACUAAUGAAACCACAUGCUCGCUUUUCCAUUGAGCGCAAUAAAAGCAUGGUCAGCAUCAAAUUCGAUCCACCUCCCUCAGGACGAUAUAUCCUCGUCAAGCUAUGGAGUCCUCACAGCGGCAAAAAUAUAGACAUCCAAAGCAUCAUCGCCUACGGCUACGCCGGGACCAGAUUCUUCCCUGCUUUGAGUUUCAGGUAAACCAAACCAGUGGGAUUUCUCCUUUUUCUCUUCCCCCUCUUCCUCCCUUCUUCUGAAUCAAUCAUACCAGAAUUUUAUCUGGGUCUGCUACUGUAGAUUUCACUUGCAUACAAUAAUACAGCCAACCAGCACAACUAGACGAAUGCACUUUGCGAAAGCUCGGAACGGAACUGCACGGAAUGGAACAUAAUGCUUGGUGUUUAUGGAGUAUGGCGUCGAUUGACUAUCAUCGCAUGGUGUCUUUCUUACCUUUCUCUUUUUCUCCUUUCGAGUGCUCAAACCGACUGCUAACACGAACUUACCAUCCCUGAAAUCAAUGGUCAUUGUUGAUGCCUCCUCUCAUCACACAUUACAUGCUGAAUCACUUCAUAACCCAUGGACCCAUUGCAUGUCCUCAUCUGACAAUUCUCGAAUGACAAAUGGACAUCAUAUUAUUUAC